UAAAUGAGUGGUUGAUGGUCUGGUCAGGCCUGAUGGGCCGAAGGGUCCGUUUCUGUGCUGCAUGAGCUGAUGACACCACUUUGUCAAGGGCACUAGGGGAUAGGUAAUAAAUGCUGGCUGCACACAUGGAAUAAAGCAGAGCUGUGCGGUUAGUUAUUAGUGGUUGUUUUCUGGCUGUCAGGUGAGAAACUGGGCUGGGCCUGUGGAAAGAGCAAGGCUGACUCCCUUAUAUAAAGGCUAUAUCAGAGCGACACUGUUGUACUCCUUUAAAGUCCAGCUCACUGCUGACUACUGACACCAUGAGACAGCUACAGCAUGUGGGAAAUAUGCCAAGCCUUCCAGGCAGCUGAAGUAUGGUGCAGAGGGGGAGAGUGUGAUGGUGUGUGGGGCCCACAGCCUGUCGCAGCAGCGGGCAUGGUCACAAACACGCCGUGGGGCAGGGGAGGGGAGGCAUGCAUGGGAGGGGUGAGGGGUCAGGACAUAACCCCAGACAUGAGAGAAAGGAUGAGGAAGUCUGACCCUGCACAGAUUAGCUGGUGGCUUUGAAUGGAAUGGGUAGCCAGGACUAGCAAGUGGUUGUUGUGCUUCUGUACACAAGACAUCUGCUCUCCAGUCACUGCGCAAAGGGAUUUAGUUCCAAGGAAUAGGCUCCUAUCUCGGGCUCUGUCAGGCUGUGGUUUGUUUGAUCGAAGUCGUGAAUGGCAACACAGUGGGGCAGGAGAGGAACACCAGCAGCUGAAGAUCCCACUGCCACGGCAGCAGCUUCCCAAGCCUGCAGGCUAUCAUGCCAUUCGGCCCACUCGGCACAUGCCAGACCACAAUGGAUGUAUCCCAUCAGUCCCAUUACCUCUCCGCUUAUGUCACUGUGGCAACUCAUUUAGUCCCUCACAUCACCGCCCCCCAGAUUCGACCACUCACAAAUUACAAUUUAUAGCUGACAAUUAGCCCACUGGCCCGCACAUUUUUAGGUUGAGGGGGGAACUGAGAUAUUCAAAGGAAAUCCACACGGUCACAUGGAGAACAUGCAAACUCCACAUAGACUGUACUGAGGUCAGGAUUGAACCGGGAUUUCUGUGGUUCUGAGGCUGUGCCACCCCAGUUACCCACAGAGUGCUUCAUUAGCUGGGGGGAACUAUAGCCGCUGCAGAGUCCCCUCUUCCCAGAGGGUCAGCAGGACCAUCAUUGCCUUGGUCUCCUGGCUGCAGCUCAAUCUCCACCAUGUGGUCCUCCCAGUCGGAGGGGGUCCGAUAGAUGAGGAGGGGGCUUCCAAUCCUGAUGCAGCAAGGGCACUCGGGAGUAAUGCUACACGGAACCGGGAUUAGCCCUGUCACACACCCAGCUGGAGUUGAACACCACGGAACCAUCAAUACAAGCCUGGACCCAGUAUUGAACUGUCCAACUAUACCUGACCCUCCUUGUCUGUCGGUAUCAUAACCAGGCGUUUCUGCUGCCAGUCAACCAUCACACAACCACAUUCAUGCUGACAAGGUGCCUACUGGGCUAUGUGCCUGCAUAAGUGUCUGUCUCCAAACCAGUCCUGUGCUGUACUGUACUAUGUUCUAUAUUCUAUGAUAUGGGCAGUUAGUUUGAAUUUUAUGUCCUUGAUGUGGGAGUUCUGGUGAAGCCAGCACAUCCACCAGCUCUCAGUGCCCCUGGGCUAAGUGACAUUGAUAGUCAGAUAAAAGCCCCCUGUGCUCUGCCUGGUGUCACAGACAAGUACGGACCCCCACCAUGCAUCAGUGAACCAAUGUCAAUCCAAUAAAUUCAUUGAAAUAUUGACGUGAAAUUAACUGAAUGUUAAUACCCUUGUUGAAGAGGCGGGAAUCGAACCCAGGCCCUGGGAGCGUUGUAAUUGUGAGCCCCAGGCUGGCUGCUAUUUCUAUGAGCUGCCUGCCCCUUGUUCCUUCAAUUCUCAGCUCUCAGUGGAUAAUGGUUGCCCAUGUUCUCUGAGCAGGGAAGGCAUUUAUAACUCUGAUAAGCCUUCACCGAUGGUUAGACUUCACCAGAGCCCCCGUGAUCACACCUCCUCCCAAACGUGGAGCAAAGAGUUGACUUCCAGAAGUGAGAUGAGGCCACUGGACUGAACACCGAAACUCCACAGCAAGGAUGAAGUUGCCGGCCAUAAAUUGUCCAGACUCCAGGUAUCUCUGUGUGAUUCCUCAAGGCAGUGUCCUGGCCUCAUCCAUCACUUUAGUCAAUGGGUGGACAACUUCUGGCCCAUUCACAAGUCUUCAGAUGAUGGAGCAUCCUCAUCCACUCGUCAACAUCCAGACAAUGAGCCGGCAAUUGAGAGAAUGUCUGUAUCACAGGCACAAGCCCACAACCACCGCCAAUGAAAUCGAAUCAAUCCUUCAAUGACACUGUCAACGUGACACACCUUCUGACAACCCAACGUUUUCACACUUUUACACACACACACACAAGUGUGGAUGUAUGUGUGAGAGAACUAGUGUGUGGGAAUAUGUAUCCAUGAGUGUACCUGUGCAUGUGGGUGUGCGUUUGCGUGUGUGUGUCUGGAAUAUGUUAGAGUAGUCCCCAGCUGGUAGAUGGUUUGGUCUUUGGGCAUCAAGGAUGACCUGCUUCCUGGGGUUCUGAGGUGGCUGACGAGGCAGACAGUGAAACCAGAGGCUAUUCCAGUAUGGGGCAGGCAGAUGAGAAGAAGAAAGAAGCUCAAGAUUGUCCAAGCCUAUCACCUACGUAUAACUCCAGAGGUUGUGAAGGAAGGGGAAGAGUGAAUGUACAUAAUGGUUUAAUAAAAGAAAAGAUGGUCGUAUUGUGAGAGGAAGGGAUGGUUUGAAUUUCAAUCCUUUGUACAAUGCCAAUUAUUCCACGCAUCUCUGGACCGUAACUAAUCUGGGUGCUGGGAGUUGGGCAGGCCCGGUAAUUUGCGUGACAUAUGGUGCAGUGGCAUUCGCGACAGAAAUAGUCAGGGAAUGUACAGGAGCAUUCCGCGGGUCAGCUAGUGCUCAACCAUGAGUCAGGCCCAAUGCACAGCGUCCGGCAGCAGCGAGUGGACGUGUAGAGAUGGAAGCCCACGGCCCGGCCCUGUUGGUCUGCAACGGCCCCAUUCUGCUCCUUCAUCCCAAGCAAGAGCUGAAGAGAUGUAGCAUGGCACAGAACUGUCUGCACUGCAUCAAAUACCUCAUGUUCGUCUUCAACCUGCUCUUCUGGUUGGCGGGAUGUGGUAUCCUGGGCGUGGGCAUCUGGCUGGCCGUAACACAGGGCAACUUUGCCACGCUCUCUGCUGCCUUCCCCUUCCUAUCUGCCGCCAACCUGCUCAUUGGCACUGGAACUGUGGCAAUGAUAGUUGGAUUUCUGGGGUGUGUUGGUGCCAUCAAAGAAAACAGGUGUCUCCUGCUGUCCUUCUUCACUCUGCUGCUGCUGAUCUUCCUGGUGGAGCUGAUUGGAGGAAGCCUCUUCUGCGUCUACAGGCUGCAGUUCGAUGCCUACGCCCGUGAGGAUCUGAAGGAUGGUCUUCAGCUGUUUGGGACGGAUGGAAAUGUCGGUCUCACCAACGCCUGGAGUAUCAUACAGACAGAUUUUAGAUGCUGCGGAGUUUCAAACUACACCGAUUGGUUUGAGGUUUUCAACGCAACGCAAGUCCCAGACUCCUGUUGCCGGGAAUACACUGCGGCCUGCGGCCUGCACUCUCCAGAGACCUGGUGGAAAGAAGCCUGCUACGAAAGAGUCAAGAUGUGGCUUCAGGACAACCUGCUGGCUGUGGGGAUCUUCACACUGAGCACAGCCCUGGUGCAGGUGGUGGGGUUGACAUUGGCCAUGGUGAUGUACUGCCGGGCGGUGAGGAUGAGCGAAUGCUACACCUAGCGUCGCUCCCCGGCACGCUGCUGUACGCCCGCCCACCCGCCGGAUCCCUGGGUCUGCCUCAUCGUCGCCAGCUCUCCCCGGUACCCCACGCCCACCCUGGAUGUCCUCCGGUUCUCUCCCUUCUCUGGGCCCCGACUGUGAUUCCUUGUGCAGCCUUUCAAACUCCUUUGAAGUGGUUUCCGCCGUGAAGCUUUGAGCCGGGCACACAGGCAGGGGCCGUGUCCCCUGGUGCAGCAAAGGCUUGUGAGGAGGGUGACUGGGGGGACAAGGGGCUGGGCGUUUCAUGUGUCUUCCUUGGGCACUGGGAGCCGUGCAUGUGAAGAGGAUGUAGUAUUGACAGUGGCUCCUGGCAAUGACACAGAGGCAAACAGCAGGACACCCACACACACGUCGUCCCAUUACAGGGCAGGCGGCAACGUUGAAGUGUUGGCUGCAGUGUGUGUGUGUGUGACUGACUGGGUCACUGCGACUGGCCUGAGUGCCAGCAGCAUCUGCUUCAAGCGAUGCCCCCUGGAACUAGAAGCUCAGAGCUGCUGUGAGCUGCGACAUGUCGAUCGCCUGCAGUGGGUUAUACAUCUCACUCUAAUUGUAAACGCACUUAAAAUGUGAGCCACGCCCUCACUGCGACCAACCUGCUGCUGCUGCUGCUGGACACUAUCACAAGGCCCAGGGCAAGGCGAGGACAGCAGAGACUGAAUGGUAAACAGUGUCACUCCGGGAACAUUGUGGGUGGCCAACGCCAUCAAAUACUCGGCACCAGACACACAACAUGCGGCUGGCUCCAAACUAACGGCGGGUGAAAGCUCACCACAACCUUGAAGAACAAGCUGCGCUGAGCAGACAGACUCUGGGCUUUCAGGGAACCCAGAACACAGAGUCGAGGCCGUGUGGACAUUGAGAGUGUGUCUGACAUUGUGUGAAUCCCCGGGCAGAGGCAUCAGCUGUGGGAGCUCAGUGGCCACUACCCGACGGCUGGUCAUAGUGGGACAGGGGCUUUGGCCGUGUGUGGGUCAGUAACACCAGAGCAGUGGCACAGGGCCCUCAGCUCACCAGUCUGUCAUUGUAUGGUGGGCUGCAGAACUACUUGCUGCAGUUGCUGCCCUACACCAGGAUGUCUCCGUGUUUAUACCACUUGUUACAUUCUGUACAACAACACAUUACAGAGCAGUACUUCAGGUUAAGGCGGUGACUUUAUCACAGAAUACAGUCCCGGGACAUUGUACUAACUAACUGAACACAGCACAGUAGAACGAGAAAGCUCACAAUCUUUCUGGUUAUGUUUUUUUUCCAUCUGUUACAGCAUGUUAGGCGAACGAAGUACCAGCGUGUUACAAUACAGAGGGACACUGAUGUACCA